AUGAUCAUCUUCAUACACCUUCAAUCCUCAUUGACAACCUCAACCUCCAUCUUUAUCUUUUUUCAAUCAUCUUCUCAACAACAAUCAUACUCACCGCACAACCUCAAUUUCCAUCACGGAAUCGCAGCCUCUUCAGUCAUCUUCAUCAUGCAGUCAUCAACAUGGAAACCGCAUCACAACACUUCUUUGUAUUCACAACAACUACAGAAACACAACAAUUGCGUCAAUGCAACGAAAAUGCACCAAUCGAAAAAGCGAAAAGAAGAGCAAAAACUCAGAAGCAACAAUAGAAGAAGUUUGAAGAAGAGAAGUGAUAAGAUCAUAAGCAAACUAAAAGACUUGUGUAUACCUUAA